ACUAUAUAGCGCCGAGUGCGCACUUCUGAGCGCUUAGAAACUGCGCUUUGGAGACCCGGGCGGAGCGAGAGAGCUAGAGCGCGCCUACCCAUCCGAGCCCAGCCAACGACCGCCGGCCGGCCUCUGCUCAAAGAAGGAAGACAAUAAAAAUGAUGCAAUUUUUCUACAGCACUCCUAUCAAGCAGAGUCCCAGCGAUAAAGAUCUCAGGAGGGGAAGUGAGAGCACGCCAAAGCCCUCUACGUCCUCUGAAUCGGAACCCGACAGCGUGUCAAUUGAAUCCUCGGCGGACGAGGCUCAGCUCAAAGACAACAUGAAAACUCAGAAUCCGAGAGAGGCUCCUGGCCUACAGAACUCUCCCUCAGAAAUCAGCGGGAAAGGAACCUCAGGCCCUGAAUCGAACAAACAUCGAGGAAUUAGAGACAAAAUAAUCAAUGCCUUGUCUCCCAUUUCCGUUGGAAAAGCUAAAAUAAAACACAAGAAGAAGAACAGUAAACAGGAAGAAAGCAAGCCCAUCACAGUCGACCAGAUCAGAGAGCUCAUUCAUGAGAAACAGCUAUUUGAAGCCGGCCAGCAUCUCCUCAUGAUGGAGAAAGAGUCUUACGACAAGUCAAGUGAAGAAGGAAAAGGGGCCAGUCGGAGCGAGAUCGAAGCCAUCUAUGGCCUUUUGAAGCAAGAGGCCCUCCGCAUUAUAAAGACUUCCAUCCGAAUAGCACCCACGAAUCCGGAGUUACUUCAGAACACUGUGAGAGCUAUUACAGAACAAGUGAAGGAGGACAAGGCAGCCGCAUUAGAAAAGGCAUCAGGGAAAGUUCUGAGCGCUCGGCCCAGCCAAUGGAAAGAGGCUUGGGAGGAGGCGAUCCAGGAGUCCGUGGCUGAGCGCAUGCAAGUGCCUCCGUUCGAUGGUGUCGAAGGCCUCUCUGCGACCGCUCACAGCUUCCUGCACAUGGGGAAGACGAUGAAGGAUGAUCUCAUCACAGUGGUGCAGCACAUCAAGCCUCUUUACGCCAGUGAUUUUCACGUGUGCUGCGUUUACGCCGAGUGCUACUACCAGUGCUUCUCUUCCCAGCUGGAGGCAAUUGCUCAUUAUGAACUGGGCAGUGGGGACAAUGCCCUCCUCCUCACCUGGGUGCAGAACAUUUAUCCCAAUGAAAUAAAAAAGCAUCCUGUCUUGGAGAAAGAGCUGGAAGAAGCCAACCUAGGAAGCCUUUUGCCAUUAGAACAGAUCAAACAUCUUGAAGAGAUUUACUUGAUUAAUGAGUCGGAAUCUCUUAAACGCUGCCUGGCCAGAUGUUUGCAAAUGGAAGUCACAAGGUGGACGCAGGCCAGGGAACCAGAGAAGCUGGAUGGGCAUUUUCACAGUGAACUGUCAAUCGAUGCCAUCCAGGCUGUGUAUGGAGGACAAAAGCGAGCGAAAGACAUCACGCCGGACCUGGGCAAGCAAAUUGCCCCAUUGCUUCUGGUGGAGCUCUUGACCUUUCUGCAAAGUUACAAGAGGGAACUGGAACGUUUCAUUAAGGAGAACAAACAGUGCCGAUAUUUCGAGGCAACGGUCAUUGCGAAUAUUAAUAACUGUCUGAGUUUUCGAAGCCACACUGAAGAAAACACAAUGCCGGGACAGGAUAGUGUCCAACGACAGAUUUUUGCUGUGCUUAAGGAAAUCCAAAACGCAGGAUUCAACGUGCUUCUUCAAGGCCUGUUUCAAGAGCUGCAGGCUCUUUUUAAAAAGUUCACCCAGAAGACGUGGCUCUCCUGCACCGGCAUCAUGGACGAAAUCAUAGCCUGCGUCAGCAACCACAUGUCCACAUUCCAGACCCUUAAAAAGCCUUUUCGACAGGCCAUCAUGGAGAAGAUUCACCUCCACUUGAUCCGAGAACACAUCGCCAGGCUUGUAAAGAAGAAAGUCAGCUUGAAGACUCCAGAGCAGCAAAACAAUUUGUCCAGAGUCAUCCAAAACAAUGCCUCAAGUCUGCGCUCUUUCUGCGUGGAAAAUGGCUCCAGUGCUACGUGGCUAGAUCCUGUGCUCCCCAGCCUGGCAGAAAUCAUCAAGCUUCAAGAUACAAAUGCCAUCAGGGUCGAAGUUGGCGGGCUGGCCAGUAGAUAUCCCGAUAUCAGCAAGAAGCACCUGGCGGCCAUCUUGUACUUCAAGGGCAACUUAUCCAGCAGCGACACCAAAGGCAUCCUGGGCAUGCUGGACAUCCAUUUAAGCACAACGCUCCCUCCCACAUCCUUGUUCUCAGGCAUCAAGCCUUCCUAGGCUUGGGCAAGCCACGCUUCUAUGCCACUGACUUAAUGAACAAUGUUUCCAUUCAGGGAGCAACUGCACAAGCACUUAGUUCCAAACACAA